GUUUAAAGUGUGCGUUACAACUCGGUAUUUUGUAAUUGCUUACCAACAUUAAUAUCUGUUAUUUGAAAAACAGAGAGAAAGAAAGAGAGAGUGUGUGUUGUGAAGGAAAACAAUUUGAGAAAAAAAGAGAUGAAAUUUUUCAGAUGAACAAUCAAUCUUGUGAAUUUUUAUCAAACCAUCCAUCAGUUAAUUAUAACAAUAAUAUUACUACUGUUAGACCAUUUAUUGGUGAGACAACUACUACUACGGCUGUCACCAUUAGUAAUAAUAAUAAUAUUACCAAUAAUAAUACGAGUAAUAACAAUGAAACAAAAUUUAUUCGGUUGCAUACUCUACCACCACUUGAGAUUCCCAAAGCCCUAAACCAUCUUAAUAUUCCGUCAGUGUGUGUAACACGAAAACUUAUUUGGUACAAUCAAAAGGAAGUAGCAGAACUUUUGCUAGGAGCACAUGUACACCCAGAUUGGCUUUCACCAUUUGUUCAUGUACGCCCUAGAAAUGGUUCUGUUAUUUUCUAUCGACGUGAAUUGGCCACCUUAGCACGUAAAGAAGAUGGUUAUCUAUGGCAAAGGAAACCAAGUCGACGCACAACCAAAGAAGUUCAUAUAGUUCUUAAGGUUGAUGGUAUUGAGUCUAUUAUCGCUAACUAUGCACAUUCCGCUUUGAUUUCUACAUUUCAUCGUAGAACUUACGCAUUGAGAUUUAAUCCUUCUAUAGUAUUAUUUCAUUAUUUAAAUGUACCAUCAUUAACUUAUGACAAUAAACUUUGUCUACCAUUACAAAGUCUAAGUGAAUCGGAUCGUUUUAGAAUGUCAUAUAUUCAAAUUGUUGAUCAAUUAAUACGUAUGUUUGAUAAUUUCCCAAAACAUAUCAUGAAGCCUGGUGUCGAUCAAGUUUUAAAUUUCGACUUAUCUUUCGCCAGUUUAAUUCGUGUUCUUGCCGAUCAAAUUUGGAACACGCCUGUAAAUUCUUCUAAUCCGUCUUUAUUUCAAUCGCUGUCGUUGUCGUCGUCUUCAUCUUCCUCUUCAUCGUCGGCGUCGUCAUCAUCAUCAGCACCAUCAACAACAACCACAUCCUCAUCAACAGUAUUUCCUUCGCAUAAUCUCUAUGCGAAUAUUUCAAAUACUGUAAAAAGCGCUUAUCCACAACAAUCCGAUAUCAAUCAACACGAUAAUAGAUUUCUUCUUAUUACUCCAAAGUUAAAUAAUUCACAGUCACAAAUUGAAUUUAUUACUUCAAGGGAUAAAUCAAAUCGUAGAAAAUCGCCUACAGAUUAUUCCUGUGGGUAUCAGUUACCAGGUAUCUCAUAUAAUGACGGUAAUAAUGGCGAUAAUAACAACAAUCAGAAAAGCAUUCCAUACACAUUUAACUGCUCAACAACAACAACACUCGUUGAACGUUGUCAAAAUAGUGAAUUUUUAAAGCAUAAUAACCAACAUAAUAUAAGUAAUGACUAUCCAAAUGAAAAUGAUGAAGAUAAUUAUACUCUAAGUCAAAUAUUGACCAAUAAUGAUGUAACCACUGCUAGUAAUGCCAAUACCAAUGCGAAUGAUCAUACUGAAGAAUCAUAUAAUCUCUUAUCUGAUGUCCUAAUUAAUUGGACGGAUAAUUAUCAGUAUGCCUCUUCAACAGGUGAAUACUUUGAGGAUAAUCCUAUCCUUCAGCCUACACAUGCAACAACAACAACAGCGACAGCAAGUUGUUAUAAAGCUAUCGACGAUAUUGUCACUGAUGGUGCUCCCAGUUGUCAGCAAGACAUUCAACAUGUUCUGCAUCCUUACAAUGAGAACCACCAUCAGAGUAGUUGUGAUGAUAAUAAUAGUAUGAAUGAAACAGAUUCAAUCAUAACAUGUCAAGAUAUUGGCUUUUCUGAUGAUUUGCUCAAUUUCACUGAUUUAAUGACUACAACAUCGCUGUCACCAAUAGAAACAACACCUUCUUCAUUAUAUCUCCCUGCGUAUACUGAUGAAGAUUUAAGACUUUUAUCAAAUGAAUUGAUGGUGAAUAAUGAUACCACUACCACUAAUACUGCUAUUACUACUCCUGUUGUUGCUGUUGGCAAUGCCAAUGAAAAUAAUGUUCAUGAUGCGCAUAGAACUAAUGACAUUGAUGAUCCUUACUGUAUACCGAAUUAUUAUAAUCAUGCAGAACAAUUAUCAUCGUUUGAUUCAUCGCAUGAUUCAUAUACUCAAGAGUAUAUCAAUGAGGAUAAAAUCUUAUCUGUUGAUUUCAAUGUUCAUACAAUAUCUAAUAAUGAUCGGUAUACUGUUCAUAUUGAUCAUGGUAAUACUAUUACUAAUAAUAAUAAUAAUACAAUCGAUGCCAAUAAUAAUGCCAAUACUAAUCUUGUUGCCAGUGCUGUAAGCGCGACACAAAACAAUAAAAAUGUUUGGUCAUCGAAUCAUCGGUUCUCUCCCAUGACAAAUGAUUACAACUGUCUAGUCAACCAAAGUUUUGAAUGUGAUAUACAAACUAACCCCAAUCCGGAUGAACCUCUGCGUAAUUCCGUAAGCAUAGAUAGUGAUCAAUGUUUAAACAUUAGUACAUAUUGUGGGACUGAUGAAAGGGCUUUAUCGAAAUUGAAGCUUUCAGGUGAUCUAUUACGCUGGAUAGUGUUCAUUCGUUUCAGUUCAUUAGCACCAGAUAUACAUUUAUCAAUUGAAAGUGAAGAUGAAUUCAUUUUACUACCAAAUCAUAAAUCAAGAAUAUUUAAUAAAUCAUCAUUUGAUUGUGAAACAAAUAGUAAUAAUAAUAAUAAUAAUCCUAUGCUAAAAUAUAUUUCAUCACCAUCAAUGCAUUCAGAAGAUGUACAUUCCGAAGAGAUUUAUGAUCCAACGCUUACAAACUAUUUAACAAGUAAUUUUGAUGAUUAUCCUAAGUUGAAUAUACCAAUUCGAUCUGAUCGAUGCAUGGAUAAAUUAGAGUUAUAUUUAACUCUACAAUUAACUGAAUGGAUUAAGAAAAUGGAUUAUACAAACCAGUUUAAUGAGAAUGAACGUAGUAGAACAGAUCAAACAGCUGUAAAUUAUUUAUUAGAAGCUGAAAAUGAAUUCAAUGGAUUAAAUAUCCAGUUAUUACAAGAACAAGUUACUUCACUGAAGACAGAUAUGUCAUUGUUAAGUUGUGCAGCUGCAUUGGGUUACUCUGAGCUAAUCCUAGGACUUUUACAAUGGGCUGUACGUAGUUAUUGUAAUCAGUCAAUGUCAUUCUUUAUUGAUAAUAACGAUAAUACAAGUACUAUACCAAAAUCUGAUGUAGAUACUGAGCUGUGUAGAAUUCUAUCGUUACUUCAUGACUUAACUCCAAACAAUUCCAUGUCUCUGAAUCAACCUGUCUUAACACCACUUGCAUCAGCUAUCCUAUGUGAACAAAUAGUGACUACACGAUUCUUAGUUGUAUGGGAUCCAGAAGCUCUUCACAGACCGUGUUUAUACAAUUCAUUUAUGUCUUCUUCAAAACUGGAUGGUGAAUUCACACCAAAAGAUUUGGCAUUAGCUAUACAUAGUGAAGUAAUGCAAAAUUGUAUUGAACAAUUAGAAUAUCAGUAUUUUUCUAAUUCACAAAAUUAUAAAACCGAUACUCCUGUGAUCAAAUUAGAAAGACUUCUUAAUUAUGCAGAAACAGUAGCGUCGCCAUCAUUACCCCCAGCACCAGCACCCCCACCAACAUCAUCAUCAUCGUCAUUAUUAUGGUUAUCUUCUGGUCUUCAGCAUUUUGAUGAUCCUAUUGAUCUAAAUGAAAUUGAUCUAAUCUCUAAUUCUAUUCCAUUACUGGAUGAAUCAACUACAAUUUCGAGUGUAAAUAACUCACAUUUAUCCACAAAUAUGAAUCGCGUUGAUCCAAUCGAUAUUACUGCCGGGGCAAAUUUGACAGAGUCAUCCUAUGAGUCUUCACCAUUAAAUCACAUUUCUAGUAUAGAUUGUCAACCAAAAGAAUAUGAUACCUUGUUGUUAAAUGAAUAUUAUCCUAAUCUAACUGAGACAUCGAAAUUGACGACGACGACAACAACAACAGCUAAUCAACUGUCGCCAGAGAAUCUAAAGAAUACUGAACCUACUCAUGAUAAUAAUGCAGCUGCCAAUCACCUAUAUAAUGUACACAAUGAAACUUGUCAAGAAAGCGUUUUCAGUACAAAUAUGACUGAUGAACAAUUGUAUCGUAGGAAUAUUUAUGCCUGGCGUAAACAAUCUCAACAUCAACAAUACCAUCAUCAUCCUCCUCCUCAUCAUCAUUAUCACCGCCAUCAGUAUGAUUAUCAUCAUCGAUUUGAUUCCGCUCCAUUGUAUGCUAGUGUAACCAAUCUGAUGAAAGAUGAUCACUCACAAAUGUUUUGUCUAGCUGAUAGGAUAAUUGAAGCUAUGCCAAGACGAAUUGUUAAUUUACACAAUCAAGAUUGUGAUAACCUGUCAACUUGUGGUGAUGAUAAUAAUGACGAUGACGAUUAUGAUGAGGAUGUUGUGGAUGACGGUGAUGCCGUUGUUGCUGAAGACUUCGUUUCUUCAUCGAUACAAUUUUCUGAUUCAGCUUUAGGUGAAAGUAUCGUUUUAAGUAGUCGUGCUCCAGUUGAUCAACAUAUAUCCCAUUCAUCAAUCUUUCGUUAUGAACCUUCAUCGUCAUCGUCAGCUGCUACUAACAACAAUUAUAAUACUAAUCUUGGUGGUAAAUUGACUAACACACCUAGGCUGUAUCCAGUUAAAAUUUUAUCAAAUAUAACAACUAAAUCAAUGAGUCAUCAUCAUCAUCCUAAAAAUAAGUCAGCUGGUUCAUUUAACUCUUUACCAUCAAAACGACCAUAUCCUGAUAAUAAGUGUUUAACAACACCAUAUGAUAAUUUUAGAUAUCGAUAUAGUAAUCAUACGAAUAAAGCGAAUCAUCGAUUAAAAAGUGCUUUGUUAAGUUUUCAUGAACCGUUAAAUCGUAGAAGACUUCAUCUAUCUUCUGUUCAACAAUUCAAGAGUAAAUAUAAACCUUUAUAUAACAAUAAUAAUAAUACUUUUGACACGGAUGAUGUAAUCAGUUUCGAAUCAACUUCACAUGAACCUGAAAUUAUCACAUCGAAUUCAAUAUUCAAUACAACCCCAUUAAGCUCAAAUAGUUUUAUCAGUUCUGAAUUGAAUGGUAUUUCCUCCUAUGAAAGUGAUUAUGAUUAUUGGUAUAAUAAUUGUCAAGGGAAAUCGUUAAGUGCAUUCAGUUUGAAUAGUCCACCACCGUCUACAGCUCAAAUAGCUGAACAUUUUAAUGCUGUACCAGAUAAAUUUAUGGAGAAUGAUUUAAGCCGAUUAACAUUAUCGGAUCAAGAACAAAAACGUUUAUAUGAAGCAGCUAAAAUUAUCCAGAAAUAUUAUAGAGCUUAUAAAAAGCAUAAUCAAUCUAUUGUACAUGGUAAUAACAGCAAUAAUAACAGCAGCAGUAAUAAUUGUAAUAACAGUUGUGUUAAUAGUAGUAAUAAUCAAUCAAUGUCAGGAACAUAUAUCCCUAAUUCUAAUUGCCCUACUAAUAAUGAUCCUUAUACUAAAAGUGUAUGUGAUAUCCAAUGUAAUCAGGUUGUGCAACAAAUUGAUCCGAAUACUGGUGUUAUCGUUGUCUCUCCUACUCCCACUACUGCCGCUGUUGAUUCUUCAAUGAAACAGGAAUGGAAUGUUGAUGAUGCCCUGUUAAGUUUUGAAAAUGAUACCUCUGUUGGUUUAGAAGUUGAAAUAGAAACAUCCUAUGACAACACAUCAUCAGUUAGUAAUAAUUCACAGCCACCUUCAUCAUCAUCAGUCAUAGAAGGAUCUGAUUUCAACUGUUGUCUACAAUCAACAAAUAAUAACUUUACAAAGUCGAUUCCAGUUUCUCCGAUGAAUUCAUCUACUUCAUCACCAUCUCAACCGCAACCGCCCCCACCACCACCACCUUCAUCCAGUGGAGGGACAUGCAGUAAAGAAAUUGAAGCUGCAAUCAUUAUUCAAAGUUAUUAUAGACGUUAUAAACAGUAUGCAUAUUAUAAACGUCUAUGUCAAGCUGCAUUGUUAAUUCAGAAUCAAUAUCGUUGGUAUAUAAAUCAAAAGAAAAAUAAUGGUAAUGUUGCACCAUCGUCAUCAUCCUCAUCAACAGCAACAGCUGCUGCUUCUGCUGGUGGUUGUAAGCUUAGAAAACCAAGACCAAGUCAAUGUAAUAAUCCACGAUACAGGACUAUGUGUACACGUAAACCAAAAGUUAGUACAAAUGCUGAUGUGAAUAUCGGGUAAGGAGUGGUGAAUAGCUUGUCAUAUAUCUUUGUUCAAUCAUUUUCUCUUUCUUUCACUUCAUCAAAAGUGUUCCCAUAUAACCUCAUAUAACCUCUCUUAGGUAAUCGCUCAUGUUAUAUGACUGACUGAAUUUCAACAUAGAACUUUGCGCAGUAGGGCAACCACACGCUGCAUGUAGCACACAAAGGUAGAGAAAGGUAAAACUUUAGAUUUAAAAGAACCACAAUAAGCAUAAAUGUAUUGGAGGAAAAUAACAGUAAUAUGGAAAAACAAGAUUAUUACUAUUUCCUUUAAUUCCUAGAGAAACAUAGGGCUUCAGCCACACUUCUCCAUUGCGUCCUGUUCUCUGCUAAAGUUUUCACCGGGCUCCAGGUCUACCCGCCUGCUUUCAUCUUCACUUCACAUGACCUCCUCCAAGUCACCCUUGCACUGAAGACUAACUGGUCGCUUCUCUUUCGGGUUCCACUCGAGUAAUGGCUUGUCUAGUGAUAUCACUUAAUGGUUUCCUCAGAGUAUAGCUAAUCCACCUACAUUUCUUCCUGCUUAUUUGUUGCAUAAUCGGUUCCUGGUUGGUUCGCUCACUUCCAGAGAUCCCUGUUUCUGAUCUUUUCUGGCCUGUUGGCCAUCUGAUCUUGAGUAUUACUGAGCGAAGGCAGCUGUUGAUGAAGGUCUGAAGUUUGUUUGAGGUGCUCUUUAUUACGCGCUGGUGAAGUCUCUGAUCCGUAUGGUAGCAUUGACUUCACAUUGGAGUUGAAAAUCCGGAUGUUAUUUUUGAUGGUGAGUGCUGUUGACCUCCAAACAGACUUGAGGGUAAUGAGAGCUUGUCUUGCUUUCCCGACAUCUCUUCCGUCGUGAACAGUCUUAAGCCAUAUCACCAAUUAUUUUGGUUAUUCAAUAACAAACUUUGUUUAUUUUGACCACCAUGAGUUGUGCCACCCAAGUUCUCAUAGUUUAUGGGAUGGUUCAGAUACUUCCUAGACGCCAAGACCAAAUAAGUUUAACUGUCUUAAGGGUCUAACCCCAUCUUCCCCCCCCAAACCGUUUGAUUGAAGCCCCAUCCACAAGAAAGUGGAUCACUGUCAGGAGGUACGUUCCCACAGUUGACUGGGAUCAAAAUAGAUUCGUAUGUCAUUCGAUCGUGUCGGAUUCUGUAGCUCAUGUUUUCUAGCUCUCCUAAGUAGAUCAUCAUGUCCACCAGUAUGGUUGUAAGCGUGAAAUGUUCGCAUUCGACCUUUCCCCCUUGUGAGGAACACGCCUGCCGCCUGAAAGCAGUCAUUAUAACUUAUCUGGCAGUGUCUAUGAACGCAUGGCUACAUGAAAGUACUUCGAGAGGAGGACCGAACUCCACCCACCCUCGACCAUAUUACCCCAACCAACAGCAUCAAGUCAAUCAUUCUGAAUACCCUGUGGAUGCCAAUCAGACAGCAGUCUACCUCUCUCUAUAUGAUUGGCUCAAAUCAAUUGUCAAAGGCCUUCGUAUAUACCCAUAUACGUAUUGAUUUUGAUCAUUCGGUUGACUUAAUAUUCGUCUUAUUUGAAUUUGAUAAAAGGUGUUUUCUUAAGAAAAAUUGUUCGACUAAAAAAAUUAGAAAUUUCAUAAAGUGUAUUGUGUAUUAUUGUUUUGAUAAAGUCUCAGUGUUAUACAGUAAUGUUUACUAAUGACCACGUUUCGAGCACAAUUUAUUGCUCAUAAUCAUAUCAAGGCAACCACACGACUUCCUAACUUCAUUUAUAUAGUUCCAUUAUUUUUCACUUGAUUUGAUUGGCAGUAGUAUUUUCCAUAUUUCAGGUAUGAGUGAUGACUCAUUCCUGUUGCAUGUGUUUGGUGUAGACUCGAUGAACAAGGAUUCAGUAAUCAAUCUCUCUCUCCACCUAUCUAUAUUACUUUUUAGAAUUACUUUUUAGAAUGGAACUAUAUAAAUGAAUUUAAGAAGUCGUGUGAUUGCCUUGAUAUGAUUAUGAGCAGCAAUAGAUUGUGCUCGAAACGUGGUCAUUAGUAAACAUUACUGUAUAACACUGAGACUUUAUCAAAACAAUAAUGUACUCAUAAUGGAAUUAUACCCUACCACAGUGCACAAGUUUUAUUCUUAUAUCAAUUUAUUGUGUAUUGAAUAUGUGUAUAUUUUUGUUUUACCUUAUUUUAUUCAUAUGUAUUAUUAUGUUGCAUUUUACUAUUUACAAAAAUAAUAUCCAUCCCUAGUGUUCGUCUACGAAAACCUUUGCUUACAGUAAGUGUAAAUUAUGUCUACUGAUUUCAGCUCGAUUAUCAUCACCAGCCAGCCAUACAUUAUCAUCAUCACUAAUAAUAAUAAUAAUAAAUGGUGUAAUUAAUAAUGUAGUUGUUGCUAUCGUUGAUUACUGAAUGUGUUUAAUGGCUUUAUCAGUAUAUAUCAAAAAAUAUCUGUGAUAUUCAAUGUUGUAGACACCACGUUUUUCGUUUUUCCCAUUUAUGUUCCUCUUUGUUUUUGUGAGUGUUGUGUCAGUCCCUCUGAUUUUCUUUUGUCGCUUAUUAAAAGUUUAUUAUAACAGGAUAUAACCAAAGGAAGGAAGGAAGGAGGGAAGGAAGUACUUUCUUUUGCUUAAAACUUUGGCUACCAAAAUCUUCCAUAUCUCUCUUUCUUUUUUUCACCUUCACGUUCCCCAAUGGAACAUAUAGGGCUUCAAGCAUUAUUUCUGGCUUAGCGAGGUAAAGGAGUGCGUCGGUGGCCGGGGAUCGAACUCCGGCCCAUGUGAAUGGUCAGCGAGCGUCCUAACCGCUAUGCCACCAACGCAUAUAUCUCUAUUGCAUAUAUAUUUUCUCUCGUACGUCUUGUUUUAAUCCGUUGAGAUAUGACCUCUCUUGGUAUUAUCUACUCUUGUGUGUGUGUGUGUGUGUGUGUGUGUGUGUGUGUGUGUGUGUGUGUGUGUACUGAAAAUGUUUACAAGCUUCUGAUUGGAAAGUUCCUUGUAAACUUGAGAAAAAACGCGGCCUGAUUGCUGGGUGGCAACAUGUUUCAAUACAUGAGAUAACUGUUCUUCAGUUUUAUCCUUGGGUCUCAUCUUACAACUAGACUUUCAACUAGAUAUGGUGGAUUUCUUGAAGGAGACAAAACAGAUAUAUCACAUAAUGGAAUGGUUUGUGCUUCAGCUCAGAGAGCAUUGUGUUAUAGGAGGGAUAUACUGUCAAUUAAUAUUUUUCUUAGAGGCAUUGUACGAAGGGAAAAUAUCAUUUUGAUGUGGUUGUGUUCUCUGAGCAAGAUAGAUACUUCAAAUUGAAGUAUGCGCUGAAUAUGUUGCCUAGUGUUGGGGCAACGAAGGCUUCGCAAAUUAACUGUUCAUCUCAGAGAACACACAACUACAUCAAAAUCAACCCAUAUGAGCUACAAAUCUUCUCCAUCAUAUCUAAAUCUUACGAGCGGAAAACAUUACGCAAUCAAUAAACUUCUCUGAAAAUUCUGUACAUUUUAUCAACACUAUCCAGAAUAAAGAUGCUGUUAUUAUUAUAAUAUACUAUAAAAUGAUCUAAAAUUUGCAUUAAGUCUCCAUGCAUUUCAAAAGACUGAGAUUAGUAGUGAAGAAAGAUUAUUCUAUUUAAUAAUUUCUUCAUCAUUUGGUUCUAAAGUCAAAUAUGACCAAUAAUAACUAAAGAAUUUAGAAUAUGGGAUUUGAAUUUGUCAUGAAACAGUAUCAGUUAGAGGGAUCAUUGCAAACCAGGGACUACUGGACAGCUGUUUCAUCGUCCUAUCUUGGGACUCUUCAGCAGUGCUCACCCACAACCCCCUUCUGGAUUGAACCCAGAACCUUCAGGUUAUGAGACCAAGUCCGUUGACCAUCCAGUUACUUGAGCCUGAAUUCUGUGACCUGUGAAUUCUAUUACAUUGUCAGCCUAUGAUAUAGCGGCUACCCUCAAUCAAUGUCUUGGAUGAGUAUCCAUCCACUUCACCUUGACGUAAUGCAACUUACUGGUCGCGAUUUCUCGCUACACAGCUUCAAGACAUCGGUCGAAUAGCCAUCAAUGUACUGGAGGUCGGUAUUUAGAUUAUGGGAUCUGUGGGGAUUUGGAUUAAUUUUAGUUGUCAGAGGUCGGUAUCUCAUAUAACGGGAAGAUGAUAGCUUAUAGAGGUGAUCGUUGAGCCAGCUAUAAAAAGAAAAGAUUACAGAGAACAGGUUUGGAAUGGAGAUGUGCUGCUAAAGCUCUAUGUUCUACUCAGAACCCAACAGAAUAAUCGUAAUCAUCAUAACAUUAAUCGAACAGUUAGUUAUCAGUGAAAGCAAGUUUUUUUUUCAAUUACACCUUUCUUUUUCAAGUGUUAAUCUCCACAAAUUCGAUAAUUUUUUUUUCUAUUUAGAUUAGAUCACAGUUUAGAAAUAUCGAGUACUCUAACUGAGAUCUCUAUGUCUGAUAUUUAACGUUGAUUGAUAUAUCUUAGUUUUGUUUAUUGUUAUUGUUGUGUUUGUUGUUACGCUUGAUUAUCGGUUCUCUUUUACCUUAUAAACGAAAUUGUAAAGAUUAACCACAUUGUCUGCAGCAACUUAUUAUCUCCUAUCUGUUUAGAGAUAAUCUAAAAUUGGGUUAACUUAAAGAAUAUAGCGAGGAGAGAGUGCAGACGUAUAUGCACCAAUGAUGACCUUGAACGCAUAUCAUUCGUUGGAUUACAGAGUCUAUUGUUUAUUACACCGCUAGUAUAAAUGCUGUGCACAAAUUGAUGUGCGUCGGUGGCACAGUGGUUAGGACUGUCACCGACCAUGCACAUGGUCCGAGGUUCGACCCCCUGCCGACGCACACCUGGUAUCUAUGGUCGGCCUGCGAAAUUUGGGCUACCGAUAUCCGUGCUGAAAAUUCCAUACUUGUACCAAAAAUACGGUGUGGAAUCAAGCUGUAAUCGCAAAAUAUAAAAAAUAUAGUACAAACUUUAUCCUGAUCUCGUUUCUACGUACUUUUCGUACAAUGGGUUGAUAGUACUUUAGAGUUAAGAUUAGUAUCAGGCUUAGUGUUGUGGUUAGGAUUAGGAUUAUAGUAAGGACUAUUAUUAUGUGCACUUUUUAGGCAAAUGAAUAAAUAUGAGGAGGAAACUGUUUUGAUAGUGUUAUAACUGAAUUGAACUGAAUAAACCCCGUCGCUACUUUGUUAUGUCUGCGCCUGUUAAUUACUCUAACGGUAAUGAACUAGACUGGUAAGCUAAUACGUCUGUUUGUCUGUUGUACCUUCCAAUUACUGAGUCAUGCAAAUAUUAAAAGACAAAGGGCUGGUCUGUGACUGUAAGAUGCUGUAUUUUCUACGUCUAUUAGGAAACAAAACAUCACAUUUAUAUAUAUUUAAUUUAUCAAAAUACAGUUGCUUCACAACCGUCAGAAUGAACUGUUCUUAUUAGCUGGGCAUUUCUAUUCUGAUUGGUUGGUGAUCUGACGAAGACUAAGAUGAUAUAAAAGACAAUCAACUCAUCUCACACACUAAAUCGCAAUAUGCUUGAGAAAUAAUAGAUCCACACGGAAAUUCCAUCACAAGCUAAAUCACAAUUCGUGAAAAAAGGAUUAUAUACUAUUUUAUGCUGAGUCCUAUCAUAUAGUUAUGGGACUUGAAAACUCGUACUGUUCAUCGUAAUAUAUCUGUAAAACUUGGGCACUGUCCUAGUAUGCAAUUCCAUGUUAAUUUGUUUAUUAGUUAUAUCACACAGUGAUGAAACAGUAUUGCUGUUUACUGGAUGACAAAGUUUUGAACACAAUUUAUUGCUGUUCAUAAUCAUAUUAAUUAUAAUCACACAACUUUGAAACUUUUGUCGUAGAGAUAGUAGAAUUUUCCAGAUAUCUGGGACAGGCGUUGAAUCAUUCUUAUUACACAUAUUUUCAGUUGAUUCGGUAGAUAAAGCUCCUGUUAUCAAUCUCUUCCUCUACCCUGCUAUAUUAGUUUUUUAAAACUGUCAUCUUAUCCCAUCAUCCUAUUGUAUGGUUGUGUUUAAUUGCAUGUGGUGGGUGAUUGCUAUAACUGAACUAUUCUCCAGAUUUCUUAUCUCAUUCGGGUCAACCAAUCUGGAUUUAGUUAAGUUUUUUGUUCAGCUAUAGCGCUUAUCACAUGCAAUUACACACAACCAUACAAUAGGAUGAUAGGAUAAGAUGACAGGGUGAAGGAAGAGGUUGAUAACGAAAGGUUUCUUCACUGAAUCAACUGCAAGCACCUGCUAUAGAUAUGACUCAACACCCAGACAUCUGGAAAGUUCCACUCCGCCUAGGAGAAAUAAGAGAGAACAAAGAAAACUACAAAACUUAAGUUUCGAAGUCGUGUGAUUAUAAUUGAUGGCAUGAUUGUGAACAGCAAUAAAUUGUGUUCGAAACUUUUUCAUCCAGUAAACAGUAAUACUGUUUCAUCACUGUGUGAUAUAUCUAAUAAACAAACUAAUAUAGAAUUACCGUUCAUUGUAAUUAAAAAGUAUUUUUCAGUUACACCAGGGUAAAAUAUCGUCUUCAGUUUUUCAUUAUUGUUACUAUUAUCAUCAUUAUAUUUCUCGUAAAUGUAAAAACGACUUUUUGAUGUAGAAUACAACGAUAACAGGUCCUGUAAUCCAACCAACGGUAUGUGUUCAAGGUCAUCAUUAGUGCGUACAUUCACACUCUACGGCUGCUAUAUUCUUUAUGCUUGCCUAAAAUAGGUCUUUAAGUGUUGGUUUGUAGGGAUUUGAUUGGUUACAGGAUUUCAUCAUGAGCUGACAUUGACUGGAGAACCAUUAGAAAACCUGGGAGUACUGGAC